AUGGACGUAGUUAUGCUUUACAAUAUUUUGGAGGAUGAAGCAGAUGAAGAACUAUUGCUACUUGCGAAUCAUUUCCGUAAUGAAAAUGAUGAAAUGUUUAGUCAACGGAGCAGGGAGGGUUGUUUCAGUACUUUAAUUCAAAGGCGCCUAAUUGAUAAUGAAACUAGAUUCAGGGCAUAUUUUAGAGUGUCAUUUGAAUUAUUUAAUUAUAUACUAAAUGUUAUUAUUGAAGAUAUAAGAAGGCGUCCAAGUAAUCGGAUUAAGAAACCAAUAUCACCGGAAGAGAAACUUAGCGUCACUCUAAGAUUUUUAGCAACCGGUGAAAGUUAUAAAUCCCUUGCUUUUCAAUUCCGAAUAUCUCACAGUUGGAUAAGUACUAUUAUAAGGGAAGUAUUAGUUGCUAUUUGUCAUCGUUUAAAAAAUAUAGCAAUACCUGAACCAACGCAAUGUAGUUUGUCGAAAGUAGCCAACGAUUUCUAUGAAAUGUGGAAUUUUCCAAAUUCCUGCGGCGCCAUAGACGGGAAGCACAUACGGAUCGUUUGCCCUGAUAACUCUGGAUCGCUGUUUUUUAAUUACAAGUCAUUUUUUUCAAUUGUGUUAUUGGCUUUAGUUGACGCGAAUAACAAGUUUCUGGUGGUAGACAUAGGAUCGUAUGGUAAAGAAGGCGAUGCAGAAAUUUUCCCUAAAUCUAAUUUGGGCAAAUCAAUAUCAACCGGAGAAUUCAAAUUUCCAGAACCAAAAUGUUUACCAAACACUGAUGUAGUAUUGCCACAAGUAUUUGUCGGUGACGAAGCAUUUAAAUUGACGGAGACAAUGAUGAGGCCUUAUCCCCGAAACCAAUCAAAACUAAAUCCAAAGAAAGCCAUUUCUAAUUACCGCCUAGAUCGAGCUCGAAGAACCACAGAAAAUACGUUUGGCAUAAUGUGUCAAUACUUUCGUGUAUUUUUCACGCCAAUUAAUAUUCUGCCUGACACAGUCGACAAUUUAAUAAUGGCCGCAUGUAUUAUUCAUAACCUGUUACGAGAAGAACGAAUGGUGUGUCCUAUGGAUUCGACAGACAGAGAUCCCAUAACAGACGUUCAAACGAACACGAACAUGAUACAAUUUGGUGCAGUUGGAGGAAACGCAACUCAUGAAGCUUUUCGAGUUAGGGAAACUUUUAAAGAUUAUUUUAACAGUAGGUCAGGAUCAGUGAGUUGGCAGCAAAAACACGUGACUCGUACUAAUUAA